AUUGUCCCAUUACACGUUUGCAUACGUAUCACUGCUGUAUCACCAUUACCGCGCUGCUCCCUAUUCAAACCCGGCACAGACCAUGAGUAUCAAGGAUGGAUGGUUCUCUGAGACCGAGGUACUGUGGCCCGGGCAAAAAUUUUCUCUAGAGGUGAAGGAGGUGCUAUUCCAUGAGCGAUCAGACUUUCAAGACGUGCUGGUGUUUGAUUCAGUGCACUAUGGUAAAGUGCUCGUCCUGGAUGGGGUGAUCCAGCUCACUGAACGAGACGAGUGCUCGUAUCAAGAGAUGCUCACCCAUAUUCCGUGCUUCGCGCAAGGCCACCCCAAGAAGGUUCUUAUCGUAGGAGGCGGGGACGGCGGGGUACUUCGGGAGAUAGCCCGUCACCCCGGAGUGGAAACAAUUCACAUGUGCGAGAUCGACUCUAUGGUGUGCGAGGUGUCCAAGCGUUUCGAAUUUUGCACGGCGUCUGCCUUCGGCGAUGCGCGCCUCAAGCUUGUGCACGAAGAUGCCGCAGAAUUUGUCAAGAAAGAGGGUAACAAUGGGUAUGACGUUAUCAUCGUGGAUUCAUCCGACCCCGUCGGUCCUGCGGAAACCCUCUUCCAACCGAGUUUUUACCAAAACAUGAAGCAGGCUCUGGCGCCUAUGGGGGUCAUCGCAACGCAAGGGGAAUGCCUGUGGCUGCACCUGCCGCUGAUCACCACCGUCUUGCGUGCAUGUGCUGAGAUAUUUGGCUCUGUGGACUAUGCCUUCACAACGGUGCCCUCGUACCCAUCUGGACAGAUCGGAUUCGUUCUUGCAAGUGUGGAAGAGCGAGAUUUAUCGACGCCAGCAUCUACUCCCAAUGCUGCAAUGACGGAAGUGCUGAGAUACUACAGCCCGGAGGUUCACCAGGCCGCCUUCGUUCUUCCCGUCUUCGCAGAAAAAGAAAUAGCAGGCGUCAGGCGGCGUUCUUCUAAAGAAUAAGAAACGCAAACGUGGCUCGCUAACCACGAGUACAGGAUGCGCGGCACUAACGCCCAAAUCCCGUUCCAGUUUUGGGCGUGGACAUAGCUGUGUGUGUGCUUUUGUGAAGAAAAGGCUAAACUUGAGAGUUUUCAGCCCGUGGGAGAUAGCUUAACUACUGUGCGUACCAAAGUAUCUCUUUUCCUUGACGUUUUUCUCUGGCUCGAUUGAAAUGGCACACUCUUGGAUAAUUUCAGGGUAUUUCACGUAGCGUUUUUUUUCCACGGAGCAGAGCGGAGCGAUUAAUUCCGCUCUGUGAUACUUUCCCUUGAGAAAAACCGCUCCGUGACAUGAUAAAUAAAACCGCUCCGCUCCGUGGAGCUUCCCAUCAAUCCGUACAAGCGUUUUUUCCACGGAGCGGUUUGAGCUAGUCCGUCACAGGAGCACGGAUAAACCGAAACCGCAGUACAGUCACGGUUUUCCAACGGGUCACGGUAUUUUUUUUUUUUCUAUAUUCACAGCUAGAGGUAUUAGGUAUUACAAGUAGUACUGAUGAGUUUCAACGAGAGGCAAGUAAGGAACCAUCUGCUGUCGUACGUGUUGCAGGAACUUAGGAGGAGUCGAGGAGGUAUCGAUGCGGGGAAUGGUCCCUUUCUGAAUAAUUGAUUAAAUUCCAACUUUUUUUGUC